CAGUGAGCAAACAGUAACACAAGUCGAAAAUCUCAUUGUGGUGAAACAUACAUUGCAGAGCAUGAUGGGGAAUCUAGAGAGAGACAGUAACAAACUCAUUGCAUGGGCAAUGUUACUCUACCUGGGCUCACAGGUUUGCUGCCAGCAGUGCGGUGGGCCGUGUCAGUGUACCCCUGUACCAGUGUGUCCAGAGGGGGUUCCUCUCAUUCCGGAUGGGUGUCAGUGCUGUAGGAUGUGUGCCCGGCAGCAGGGUGAGGCGUGCACUGAACGAUAUCUGUGUGACACCCAGAGGGGUCUGCAAUGUGACUACAGCGCCAGCUUACCCGAUCACCCUGGAGAGUGUGUCAGUCAGAAGGAACUGGGAUGCGAGCAUAAUGGAGUCUUUUACCAGGAGGGGCAGGUAUUUCAGCCGUCUUGUGCCCUCCAGUGUCGCUGUUCAGGUGGAGGGGUGACCUGCGUGCCCCGGUGCGGUGAGGACGUUCGUCUGCCGAGCCCAGACUGCCCUCACCCACGGAGGGUUCAACCACCCGGAAAAUGCUGUAAAGAGUGGGUGUGUGAAAAUAUGGACAACAGUGUGCUUGAGGAUGCUCUCAGAGCAUCAGCUUCCAGCACAGAGCAGUCCGUGCCUCCAAACUUUGGUACAUUUCAAACCAGGCCGAGCUCCAACUGUGUAGACCAUAGUUCAGAAUGGAGUGCUUGUUCACAAACCUGUGGGUCUGGGAUAUCAACACGGGUGUCCAAUCAAAACCCAGCCUGCCGACUUGAGAUGCAGAGACGCUUGUGUACGAUCCGACCAUGUCCGUCUGUUCUGCACAGAACCCCACAGGGGUCAAGACGAAAAUGUCAGCCCAGUUACCGGUCAGCGAGACCUCUGCUGCUUUCCCAUCAGGGCUGUUACAGUACACAGUCUUACAUGCCCCGUUAUUGCGGCCAGUGUACAGACAACCGUUGUUGCACUCCACACCACACUGGCACCACGACGGUCACUUUCCGCUGCCCUGGGGGCAAAAUGUUCAAUCAGGCUGUCAUGACCAUCAACUCCUGCAUGUGCCAUUACAACUGCCCUUCUUCAGCUAUUGGAACAUAUAGAGGAAUAUCUUUCCGGGGUUAGACAUUUUCCACAUAUGAGCCCUGUGUCUCAUACCUUUGGGUUUAGUAGAUAGUAGAUGUGCUGGGCGUUCAUGUCUUAACUUAUUGAAAGAUAUCAUUUGAAAAAUAUAUAUUUUCGCUCAAUAUGAAAUAACAAAAGGAAAUCAUCAAGGGGCAUUUAGGGGUGCAUUUCAAGCAGAACUCCAUAUGUGACCCUGGACAACAAAACCACUUUUAUGGGUCAAUUUUUCAAAAUUGAGAUUUGUACAUAAUCUGAAAGCUGAAUAAUUAAGAUUUCUGUUGAUAUAUGAGUUUUUAGAAUAGGGCAAUAUAUAGCGGAGAUACAAUCGUCUUAAACUCAGGAAUCUGAGAGUGCAAAAAAAUCACAAUGUUGAGAAAAUUGCCUUUAAAGUUGUUAAUCAGGGGCACUGUGGCAGGCCAUCCACUCACAAAAAUGUAGUUUUUAUAUAUUUACAGUAGGAAUUGUACAAAAUAUAUUAAUGUAACAUGAUCUUUACUUCAUAUCCUAAUGAUUUUUGGGAUAACAGAAAAUUUGAUAAUUUUGACCCAUACAAUGUAUUUUUGUCUUUUACUAAAAAUGUUCCCGUGCUUCUUAAGACUGGUUUUGUGAUCCAGGGUCACAUAUGGUCUUUGACUAGCGAUGAAUUGGUUAUGUGUGAUGUGACAUUUAGCCUGUUGGCACAUUUAUCUGUAUUACGCUUGUAUUUGGACCCGCACUAGUCUUGGUGUUUACCAAUGAAUGCAAAUACUUAUUGUACAUAUUUGUAAAUACUUUUAUUUUAGUAUGAGAUGUACUUUUAAUACCUUGAUUUAAGGAAUCUAAAAUACUGGAAAUUUGUUUGGGAAUUUGGUUCAGGUUGCAUCCCAGAACUCACCACAUCACAGGUCAAAAAUGUAAAUCUGGAUAGACUGUAAAUAAACAACCAUAAUCACACAUCAACCCCUUUUC